AUGAGUCUUGACGAUGCUUUUGCCAACUUUGAAAUUGAUGAGCCCGAGCAAAAGGUCAACAAAUGGUGUCUUCCUGAAGAGUAUCAAGCCUCAAUUCACGACGAUGGAUGGUUCUUCAAAGAUGGGGCUGAGAAAUUUACAUCUGACCCGAGGGAACUUGACUACUUUCGUGCGAUGUAUUAUCUCCGGAACAGGGAUUAUCCAGCUGCUUUUGAGGCUAUUCAAGAAUGGCGCAAGAAUUGUCACCACAAGGGUUUUUUCCUGGUCCAAGUGAUUGACUCGCUGCUUCGGGUCGCUUUAAAGGAUCCAGACACAUCAAAGGAGCUCAUCGAUGCGCUUUUCACCGAAUUCCAAUCGAUUGUCACCAUCCCCGGGGAUCAGCUUCAAUUGUGGGACUCUGAAAUGAAAAUCUGUCUUCGAUUCUCGACUUCAUCACAGCGAUUUCUUCAAUGUUCGAUUCUUCUAGUGACCGUGUCGCCAUUUUUGCCCGAUCUUUGGCUCAACUUCACAAAAUGGCGAGAAGCGAUUGGUCCAAAUCUUCAUGCGUGUGCUUUGACUCGCGCAAUCUUGCUCACGAAAUAUCAAUUGGAACAAGGAAUGGGCCAAGGAUUCGCCAAGAAGAAACUCGAAUGCGAUAUCAUUAAAUGGAGCACGCAACUCGAGCUGUUGCCAGAGGAACAAAGACAGCGAGCCGCUGAAGAGAUGGCUCUAUCCAGGGAUCGUCAAUUUCUUGCAAAACAAGAGGAGGCCGAUCAUUCCGCGAAAGCGCCCGCUCAUGAUUGCAGGAACAAGUCCGCCGUCUUUUUCACCGAUCAAAUGUGCGUCGAAGCCGUCGAAAGUUUCUCUCAACGAUAUUCUUGGAUGUUGAUGGGGUGUGUUUUA